ACUUUCAACUUGAGUUUCAGGAUAGCACGAAACCAUAAACAAGCUCAGCCAUUUCUUAGAGAGAGAAAGAAAACACCCAAGGUAGUUGUGUGAGCACGUUUUGGAAGAGAGAGAAGUGUUUUCAGACAAAAGGGUUGAUAUCUUAGCAAGAAAGGAAGCUUUUUUCGUCUUCUUCAUUGUCUUAUGUCAUUAAGCUUCAAAGUUAUAUAUAUCAAUGGCAAAGAACCAAGACCCAGAAAGACUUUCCUUUUCAGCAUCAACAGUACCACCGCCGGCGCGUCCUAGUCUAACACUCCCCCCUAGACCUUCAAUGGAAACCUUUUUCAGCGAAGGAGCUGGAGCUAGUCCAGGACCGUUGACCCUUGUCUCUAGAUUCUUUGAUAAUACUAACCCAGAUUCAGAUUACCGUUCUUUUACUCAGUUACUUGCUGGUGCCAUUGCCUCUCCUUUAGCUAGACCCAGUUUUAAUUUUGAGAAUUCGUUUGAUAAUUAUGGGAAAGGUGGAGAUGGGAGGGACAAGGAUUCUUCUGGGUUUAAGCAGAGUAGGCCUAUGAAUUUGGCUGUUGGUGCUAAUUCUCCAUUGUUUAUGGUACCAUCUGGGUUGAGCCCUUCUGGGUUGUUGAACUCACCUGGGUUCUUUUCCCCUCAGAGUCCAUUUGGAAUGUCACACCAGCAAGCCUUGGCACAAGUUACUGCUCAAGCUGCAUUUGCUGCUCAGUCUCAGUUUCCUAUGCAACUUGAAUAUAAACCUUCUAUAGUAUCAACAGCAGCCUCUACUGGGACACACACACAGUCAAUUGAGCCAUCAUAUAUAAAAUCUGAAGUGUCUCAACAGCAACAGCAACAGCAGGCUGUGCCUUCAACUUCCGAGCAGAUGGAAUCAUCGGGGCCUUCUCAUUCUGAUAAGAAGUACCAUGCUCCUCCUCCUCCUCCUGCUACUGCUGUUAAUGAUAAGCCUGGAGAUGAUGGAUUCAACUGGAGAAAAUAUGGACAGAAACAGGUUAAGGGUAGUGAAUUUCCUCGAAGUUACUACAAGUGUACAUACUCGAAUUGCCCUGUUAAGAAGAAGGUUGAGAGGUCUCAAGAUGGUCAGAUAACUGAGAUUAUAUACAAAGGGAUGCAUAGCCACGAAAUGCCUCAAUCUUCCAAUAAGCGCGUCAAAGAUAGUAGUAGUAGUGAUGCAAAUGGACAUGGGAAUGUUCACGUCAAGUCGGAAAUGAAUUCACAGAACAGGAAUGGUGGUGGAAAUUUGCAGAGGUCAAAUGAAACUGGACAAUCCCAACUGGGGUACGAAAGGGAUCGUGAAUCUGCACAAGGCGUUCUUGUACAGGUACCGGGCUCAAGUGAUAGCGAAGAAGUGGUUGAUGCCGAUGUCAGAGAAGAUGAGGGGAAUGCUGAUGAGCCAAAUGCAAAGAGAAGGAACAUAGAAGUUGGAACAUCUGAAGUGUCCUUGUCACACAAAACAGUCACAGAACCAAAAAUCAUUGUUCAAACACGAAGUGAAGUUGACCUUUUAGACGAUGGCUACAGAUGGCGCAAGUAUGGACAGAAAGUAGUCAAGGGCAAUCCUCAUCCAAGGAGCUAUUACAAAUGCACUAGUGCAGGCUGCAACGUUCGCAAACAUGUCGAAAGAGCUUCAACCGACCCGAAAGCUGUCAUUACUACAUACGAAGGAAAACAUAACCACGAUGUUCCGGCAGCUAGGAAUAGUAGCCACAGUACAGCUAACAAUAAUAAUCCACAUAGUUAAAAAAACCAGUCAACAAGGAUGAAAAACAAGUCCUUUUGCAGCAACUGAAAGAUGAGAAAGAGCAAAAGUUACCUCUUUUAAGUUGAAUAGUCGAUUUCGAUCAACUAACAUGGGGCAACAAAAUGAAGAAAUUUAGGGGAAAAAAUGAGAUCAUUUUGACAGGUUUUUACAAGGGGUAACAGUUGCUGAUUUGUAUGUUUCCUUUGUUUUCUUUACUUGUUUAUGCACAGGCACAAUACCUUACUUGAGGUCUUGUACAUUAUUAAUAUACAUUAUGAAAUGUUGUUUAUAUAUAUAAUUUAUAUUUAUUAUUAUUAUUACCUACUAGAAUGGGAGAUGGGGUUGUUUACUUUGCUGUUCUUAAGGCCUAGUUUGGCAGUUGAAAUCAAAUCAAAAUUUUCUGUACCCCUUUUGAAUGAUAAACACCUAUUACAGUUCUAAUCAUUUCAAUUAUUAAUUAUCAUUUCUUUC